AACUACUUGUGUGGAGUGUCUUUUAAUACCCACUGGUCUACAAUGGGUUAAUCGUGCUCUGAAAUCAGACUAGGCAACAUGAAGGAAUGUCCAUAUGGCGAGAAGUGCUACAGAAAGAAUCCCAUACAUUUCGGCGAGUUCUCCCAUGCGCAUUUGGAUGCCAUUUAUGAAAAGGGAAAUGGAGGCGGGGACUAUGAUGUACCCGACAAGUACUCUUCAGAACUGAUUCACACACAGUUAAAACUCCUGGAGAAGGUCCUGCCCAAGCCGGCGACUGGCAAAGCCAAGGAAUCCUCUGCUGCAGUGCCUCAAGCACAUAGAAAUGCUCCAUCUACCAGUGACACUGCCUCAUCUAGCUCCUUUAACAGUCAUGCAAGUACCUCUUCAGCUGCUGCUAGGGACACCUCGAAUUUGGCCAAAAAACAGAAACUGGCAGAGCGCAACAUCCGGGAUUACAUUCCCGUCGUCGUGGAGAAGGGAGGAAUGGCAAAGAAGCUGGAGCGUGCCGCUCCCUACAAUAUGUUCCUCACGGCCAUCACGGACUCGAAGCCCACGCACCAGGAGCCGCUGAGCGUGACCCUCCAGGAGAUACUCGACGAAAGCCUGGGCGAGAUCGAGAGCAGCGUCCAAAUCAAUUUUAUGGUGGACAUUGGCUGGCUCCUCGGACAUUAUUACUUUGCAGGAAUACUGGACAAACCCCUGUUGGUUCUGUAUGGAGACGAAUCGCCGGAGCUUUUAGGUAUUGGAAAAUUCAAGCCCCAGGUGACGGCCAUAGGUGUGAAAAUGCCCACACCCUUUGCCACAUCCCAUACCAAGAUGAUGCUGCUAGGUUAUGCUGAUGGCUCGAUGCGGGUGGUCAUCUCCACGGCAAAUCUCUACGAGGACGAUUGGCAUAACCGCACCCAGGGCCUCUGGAUAAGUCCGCUUCUUCCAGCAUUGUCCGAGGAUGCAGAUACGGCAGCAGGAGAAAGUCUGACUGGUUUCAGGCAGGAUCUCAUGCUGUAUCUGGUAGAGUACAAGAUCAGCCAACUGCAGCCAUGGAUAGCGCGGAUUCGAAAGAGCGAUUUCAGUGCCAUCAAUGUCUUUUUUGUGGGCUCCGUACCUGGCGGCCAUCGCGAGGGUUCGGUCCGUGGUCAUCCCUGGGGCCAUGCCCGUCUGGGCUCGCUGCUGGCCAAGCACGCGACUCCCAUAGAUGAUCGCAUUCCAGUCGUUUGCCAGAGCUCUAGCAUUGGGAGCCUGGGCGCAAAUGUGCAGGCCUGGAUACAGCAGGACUUUGUCAACAGUCUGCGCAAGGAUUCCUCUCCUGGUGGAAAGCUCCGCCAGAUGCCACCCUUCAAGAUGAUUUACCCGAGCUUCAACAACGUUGCCGGCAGUCACGAUGGAAUGAUCGGAGGCGGUUGCCUGCCGUAUGGAAAAAACACCAACGACAAGCAACCGUGGCUCAAAGCCCAUUUACAGCAGUGGAAGUCCUCAGAUCGUCAUCGCUCGCGGGCCAUGCCCCACAUCAAGACUUAUACGCGCUAUAAUUUGACCGAUCAGUCGGUCUAUUGGUUCGUGUUGACCUCGGCGAAUCUCUCUAAGGCGGCCUGGGGCUCCUUUAACAAGAAUACGAAUCUACAGCCUUGCCUGCGAAUUGCCAAUUAUGAGGCGGGUGUUCUUUUCCUCCCAAGAUUUGUGACUGGCGAGGAUACUUUUCCUUUGGGAAACAAUCGUGAGGGGGUGCCAGCCUUUCCAUUGCCUUAUGAUGUACCUCUCACGCCUUACUUGCCCGAUGAUAAACCAUUUUUGAUGGAUUACCUACAAGGAUAAGGUUUAUAGCCGGAACUUCUGUUUGAAUUUCUGUAAUUAAAAGUAUUGGUUCAUUGGAUUCCAAAUAACAGAA